AUGACCGCGCGCGGCGUCACGAUCGUAGGUGGGGACAUACGGAGCAUGGCAGCACAAUUGGCAGCGACGACGACGACGAUCACGCAACGUCCGGAAGCAGUCAGAAGCUUGACGGAGGAUCCCCGUCGCAUGGAUGUCGAUCCGCGUGUGUUCGGCAGACACGCACGGGUGAGGCGGGCGCCCCCAUCACACAAACGUGCUCCCGUUGCGGCCAGCGUGCAUCAAGUCGUGGACAAGGGGGUUGCGCCGCGCGUCCACCCGGAUGAACGUGCGAAAACGGCGCACUUAGGGACGUAG